AUGAGCAACGCCACCAAAGACUUUCAGAGGCGAUCCUCUUCAAACGAAUUAGAUCCCUUUGCUGGCAACGCGACUGGAGCGUCCCGUGAUGUGAGCAGUGUCGGCAAAGACUCGCUAGGAGACAGCAGCCGCAAGUCUCAAGACAGAUCACAUGGGAGUACUGGUACCAGUAUGAGGAGGAAAUGGGGUGCGAGGCAAGAACUGGAUGAAGAUGAGGAGGAGCCAAGAAGUCACGAAAUGAUUCUUAAAUCGAUUGCCGAAAGUCAUCGUCAGGGCAAUGGUGUGUCGUCCCAAACUCAACCUCCAGAGAAGCACAAGAAGAUACUUCCAUUCCUGCAGCAAAAGCAAGACAGUAAUCAUUCAUCCACGAGGGCGGACGCUCAACGAAAAUCUGUCAGUCUGGAGAAGGAUUUGUUGGCUGACAGCUCCAGAAUGACGCAAGACGAAUCGGAUGGUACACAAGCCUCCUAUCGAAGAGCAAGAUUGAUCCAAAAGCCCUCGCCAGACUGUGUCCAAAGUCAAGAGUUCAUUCUCGAAUCCAUUGCCGAUCACUAUCGAAAUAGUUCUGCUUCGACUCCCACGUCUCAACGACGGGAACCCACCAUCACGACAAAAGCCACCAUAGCCAAUCGAAGAGACGCAAGCACCGGUCGUGGAGAUGAUGCAGCGCCUCCACCGUUGCGACUCUCUCGCGCAUCUCCCGGUGCGGGCACUACCACGGCUCGUCCAGGGGCGUAUGCCACGCCUCCUAUUGUGGACACGGCCGAGGAGCAGGGAACUAUUGCUGUAAGUAUGCCCAAUGAUGGAUCAUCAGAGAGGUUUUUGGAGGAACAGCUGGCAACAACAGCAGCAUCUUGUGCUGCUGGCACCGACCGUUCUGCCUUGCAGCACACAGAGCAGCAACAGCCGGACGGCAAUAUUUUAUUGGAAGCUACCUUGGUGUCAAACAACGGUCACAACGACGACGAAAACGUCUUUGAAGCACAAGCCAUGGAUGACGAUGCAAUUCUCAAGGCAUUCUUUGCCACGCCCAAAGGAAAGGUCAUGGUCCUAUGCUGCCUGCUGAUUGUUGUUGGAGCGGUCAUUCUUUUGGCGGUCCUCCUGCGAAACAGGGAUGAAGGCACUGCCAAUCUCCGGAGUGCUCCUACCAUGGCUCCAUCCUUCCCUACAACAACAACGACGACGACAACGACGCAUGCUCCAACCAUGGAGCUUUCCUUGUCACUUUUGCCCAACUAUACUCAGGAAACUAUCCUCAAUGACAAACAGUCUCCACAAGCAAAGGCAUGGCAUUGGUUGCUGCAAGACCCACAUCUCCAUGAAAUCUACCCAUUUGAACGAAAGCUGGACCGGUAUGCUCUCGCAACUUUUUACUAUGCGACUCUUGCUGCAGAUCAUGACACCGAAACGGAUCAUUCGUUGGCAUCCUGGACCACGGGAUGGCUAGACUACAAUCUUCAUGAAUGCAACUGGGGAGACUCGAGCACUACAACCACAAAAAGCACCUCCAAAAGUGCCGCCUGCGAAACUCGUCGUACAACUCUUUCCAUCCCGAAUGAGAAACUGAAUGGUACUCUGCCUCCAGAGUUGUCGCUCUUGGAUUCACUCCAGGUCAUCAACCUUGCUUCCAAUGAGUUGGAAGGGACAAUCCCCACACAACUUGCCAUGCUCACAGAACUGAAUGAGCUGAUUCUAGAUCAAAAUGCAUUCACAGGGACCCUGUUUACAGAGCUUGGCAUGCUCUCCCGUCUGGUGAACCUUACCCUGAAUGAUGUUGCAGCAUUGUCUGGAUCCAUCCCAAGUGAAUUGGGGUUGGCAACAGCACUUGGAGACUUUCGCGCAGAAAACACUCUGUUGGAAGGAACCUUGCCAAGCGAAUUGUCACAACUGACCAACUUGGAACUUCUGGUGACCCGCGGCACUUUGAUUGAUGGCACGAUACCCUCACAGUACGGUCUAUUGUCAAAUCUUUUAUGGUUUGGAGUUGGUGAUUCCGCCAUGAGUGGAACUCUACCCACGGAGCUGGGCAGCUUGGACAAACUGUACGGCCUGGAUGUGGCCGAGAACGAGAUGAUUCGAGGCCCGAUCCCAUCCGAGUUGGGGAGAUUGAACAAGCUGCAUACAGUCCUGUUCUACCUCAGCUCCCUCUCUGGCCAAAUACCGUCGCAGUUUGGGAUGUUGUCGUCUUUGGUCGAACUACAGAUGGCAGGAAUGUCUUUGACGGGGACAUUGCCAUCCGAGCUUUUUCGACUCGCACGACUUGAAGAAGUUGAUUUCAGCUACAACAGCAUCAGGGGCACCUUGCCCACUCACAUUGGAAACUGUCAACUGUUGGAGCAGUUGGAAAUGGAACGAAACAAACUGUCCGGAAGCAUCCCCACCGAGUUGGGGAGCCUUGGAGGUCUGAAGGUACUUGAAAUCUUUUCAAACUCCUUCACAGGUCAAUUGCCAACAGAGAUUGGACAGACCACAAAACUGCAAAGUCUAUUGUUGAAUGACAAUACGCUGAACAGCACCAUCCCGUCGGAACUAGGGCGUCUUCACGGUCUCAACGUGCUUCAAAUGGCCAAUUCCGGGCUCUAUGGCUCUGUGCCAACCGACAUAUUCCUCCCCAAUAGUCUGAUAUCGGUUUCUCUGAACGGGAACGAGUUCUUGACCGGAACUGUGCCGUUGUCAUUUUGUGCGUCACAUCCCCGCUCCCAAGUGGAAGUCGAUUGUGCCAAUGUUAACUGCACCUGUUGUGGGUGCACCGAUGAUAGCUAA